UCCAAAUUCUUUAAAUUGGAUAGAAAAAUGAUGGUUAAUUUCAGUCAGGUUUCCCAUUUUACCCUGGGAGCUUAUUUUGACACUGGGCCUUUGAAAUGGUUGUAUUUUGUCAUUAUAUUGUCUUUGUAUAUUCUGAUAUUGCUUUCCAACCUGCUUCUCAUUGUCGUCAUAUGUUUGAACAGAACCCUACACGAACCUAUGUACAUUUUUCUUUGUAGUUUAUUUGUGAAUGAACUUUACGGCAGCACUGCGUUGUAUCCAUUUCUCUUAUCCCAGAUCCCUCAAGACGUCCAUAAAGUUUCCUAUUCUUUUUGUCUUGCGCAUAUCUUCACAAUUUAUUAUUACGGUUCUUUGGAGUUCUCCAGCUUGUCUGUGAUUUCAUACGACAGAUACGUUGCCAUAUGCUUUCCUCUGCAAUACAACAGUCGUAUGAACAAUAGAAAAGUUGUAUUUCUGUUUAUUUUAAUAUGGCUGCCUCCAUUUGUAGCUGUUUUAAUUACCACUAUACUCACAUCGUCUUUGACUCUAUGUGGAAAUGUUCUUGACACUGUACUUUGUGAUAAUUACUGUGUUGUGAAACUGUCCUGCUUUGACACAACCAUAAACAACUUGUAUGAACUUGUGGCUGCUAGUGUCACUGUAAUGCUUCCUGUAUGUGUCAUCAUUUUCACAUAUAUUCACAUUUUUAAAGUGUGUUUUAAUGGUUCCAAACAGACGCGCCAAAAGGCUGCGAGCACCUGUACCCCUCAUAUCUGCUCCUUGGUGAACGGGGCUUUUGGAGCUUUAUUCCUUAUCAUUCAAACCAGGUUCAAUAUGAGCCACUGGCCGCAUAUUGUGAGAAUAAUUCUGCCGUUGUAUCAUCUCGCCUGUCAGCCACUGUUUAACCCACUCAUGUACGGUCUGAAACUGACAAAAAUGAGAAAUGCCUGUAAAAAUAUAUUAUCUAAAAAUAAAAUAAUGAUUGGGGUAAACUGA